UUUCGCACACCGCUCGUCUCCCUCUCGCACACUGCCUCUGCUUUUGAUAUUUUCAUCUUAGGUGUUUGUCUCUGUCUCUCUCCCUCUAGUGUUGAAGGUCGCCUCUUUCUCUCUCUUCAGCUAACACCAUGUCGGACGAAGAGCACCACUUCGAGUCGAAGGCCGACGCCGGAGCUUCCAAGACCUUUCCACAGCAGGCUGGUACUAUCCGCAAGAAUGGUUACAUUGUCAUCAAAGCCAGAGCUUGCAAGGUUGUGGAGGUCUCAACUUCCAAGACUGGCAAGCACGGUCAUGCCAAAUGUCACUUUGUUGGAAUUGAUAUCUUCAAUGGAAAGAAGCUCGAAGAUAUUGUUCCCUCUUCCCACAACUGUGAUGUUCCCCAUGUCAACCGUACUGACUACCAGCUGAUUGAUAUAUCUGAGGAUGGAUUUGUGAGCCUGCUGACUGACAAUGGCAAUACCAAGGAUGACCUGAAGCUUCCAACCGAUGAAAGUCUGCUUACACAGAUCAAGGAUGGAUUUGCCGAGGGAAAAGACCUGGUUGUGAGUGUUAUGUCUGCCAUGGGGGAGGAGCAGAUCUGUGCCCUCAAGGAUAUUGGUCCAAAGUAAAUUUAUUCUGUUUCAGACAACGCGCAAGGCCUCAAAAUUUCGAAUGAGACGUUAAAUUAUGAAGGUGUUUUAUAUGUCAAGGAUCCGGGGGGGUCACCAUUCGAGAAACUUUUCUCCAAAUUGAUUCUUGGUGCGAUAUUGCCUCCCUCCUUGUGGAAUGUUUUUUUCUUUUUCCGUUUUAUCGAUAAUUUUGUUCUCUUGAUUUACUCGUGGGCAUGAUCUUGUUAAAUGUGGUUGAAGUUAAUUCCCUGUGAAUUGUAUACACUUGUGCACAUUUGGCUGCUGCGUUGUUGCAAUUUUUUACUUCUUAUAACCUAAUGAAUUGGUUCGAUUAUAGAUCGUUUUGCAACCAUUCCUUCUGCCUCGAGAAAUGUGAGUGUUCAGCCCACCCAGUCUUCUGGUAUGUUGCCCUUAAUGUUCAUGCUCAGGUAUGUCCCUUAAAAGUGUUCAUGGUGGCCUGUAUGUUUCAUUUAUUGAUUGGUCUUUUUUAUUUUUUUGUUUUUUUAUUUUUUGGGUUAAGGGAGGGACGAUUAGUAGAUAGUAAC